CAUCUCCUCCACCAGGUCCUCAUAGAACUUGGACCGCUCGAUGGUUUGAGGCUUCGUGUGCAAAUUGGAAAACCGCGCGGUACUCUUCCUCCUUAACUUUAGCGAGGUGUCAGGAUGCUCCGAGUGGCUCGCCAUUCUUGUUCGUGUCGACCAGCUGCUCUUGCCCGUCCCUCCUCACCCCCACCCGUCCCUACGGCGUCCUUUGUCUGCCUCCUUCCGAACGCCGCCCCACCUUCGCUCGCUUCCUCGUUCUCUUUUCAAAACCCAACUGACCACCUGCCGCGCGACACGGCGGACGUCAUUUUUCGUUUAGGUCAUCGUCGCUGAUGUCAUUGAACGUCGCUGCCUCCAUAUUUUUUGGGGGGAGUGUGUGUUUUAAACGCCGUGGUGGUUUAUUAAUAAUAAACACUGACAAUGCAAGCUUAUCCUGGUCUCCAGGCGUUUUAUAAAAUUACGAUUUUAAUAACACCAGCAAAAUUGAUCACUCUGCGCUCGGCUUCUUCUUCCUAGCGGGGCCAGGGCGGGAGAUUUGAAGCGCCAGCUUGUUUCCGGCAGCUCGAGCUUCCCACUCCGCUUCGCCCGCCUUGAACGAACCCGCUCGGCUAUGCCGCGCUCCGAGUCCUAUAUGCCGGUUCCGUCGGGAGGGCUGGAGGAAAAUUUCUUCAGCGUAGAUGACAUCCUGAUGACCCAGGAGAAGAUCCCGUGUCGGACUGAGAUGGUGCUGCCGCGCCUGGGCUUCCUAGACAAGAGCAGCGAGGCCGAUCUCAUCCCCGAGGGCACAAAGAUGGAACUCCCACUUUGGUUGGCCAAAGGACUGUGUGACCCCAAACGCCGCAUUGUCUCUGCUGGCACGCCAAAAGUGUACAAGGGUGGCUGGCGGACAAUUUUCAGUGCUGACGCAAAGGUAGUGGACCUGCACAAAAUGGGGCCAUAUUAUUAUGGUUUUGGAACACAGCUGCUGCAUUUUAAUAACCCAGAGAACACAGAGAUUGCUCAGACCAUCCUACAGACUUUUGUCAACCGCUUCCGCCGGAUCAUGGAUUCCUCCCAGAACGCGUACAACGAAGACACAUCAUCACUAGUGGCUCAUCUGGAUGAGCUAGAGCGGGAGCUGUUCCGGGCUGGUCAGAAGGGAUUGAACGAGUUUCAGAGGUGGGAGAAGGGGCAGGCUGUCCAGAUCACCACCUCCAACCUGGUUCAGAGCUAUGGCAAACGGAAGUUUGCCGAAAUGGAGGCCUGAAGUGGAACUCUGGCCAGAAAGAUGCUAAGACCGGUGGCUAAUACCAGAGAUUCCUCUCCAAUGUAUAAUUGGAUUUCCUGAGUUGAAAGUAAUUCUUCAGAAAUUACAACCGAGUAAUUAGAACAAUGUAAUCACGUUGGGAUCAAAAUUAAACCAGUCGGAGGGCAUUGUAAUGUCACUGAGAGGCAGAAUUACUCUGUUGGAUUUGGAGUGAUUGCACUGGAACCCUGCUCAUCACCCUCUCCUUGCACACACAAAGCUACUUGCGAAGGCUUUCUUUCAAGCCUACUUUUGAUGCUGUAAGGAUUUUGAUUUUGUAGUGAGCCAGCAUCUUUUGUCACUGAGAGGGCCAUCUGCCUUCAUUUUGAGCCUUGCUGAUAUCCAAUAUGGGAUCCCUGCAGCACUUACAAUUGCCAAUUCCAUUUUGUUAUUAAGUAUCUGCUUGAACUGCCCAGGAAAAGACACUAGAUGUAGACCAGGCUUUUAAGAUUAUUUUUAAUCCUCUGUUUUCCUUCUAAAAUCAAUUGCCUGUCUUAACAUUUAAAGCCAAAGAAUGAAGAAUUCUCCUGGCGUAGGAUGGUGCAUGAUAACCAUGUGCAUUAUACUUUUGUUCUUGCUUAGAUUUCUAUUCAAAGCCCUAUUCAAAUUGUAUGAUUGUUUCUCUCCUUUUGCUAACCACAACAAGGAUGUUGUGCCAUCCUCGGACAAGAUGAUAGAGCCUUCGAUUCUGAGUAUCACACUUCAAUUCCAGACUUCUCUGGUGUUUGGACUUGAUCUGUGCUUCUUUCUGGGUCUUACUUGAUUCAUGUUGGACAGAUCUUUCUUCGUUUGAGGAAUAGACAUGUCACUGGCAUGAUGUCACUACAGCUCCACCGUAGUUCUGUUUUGUUAUGCUGGAGCUUUUGGUUGUUGCUGUGCUUUGCUGCUCGUUGAUGCCUAAAAUAUUCAUUUCUGUCAUCACUGGCUCCUUGACUCUUAGUGACCUAUGCCAGAGCUAAUAACUGAGAUCCAGAAUACUGACAUGCGGCAAACUAAAAAUAUUCCUUUAGAAGGCUGUGUAGUAUCUCUCCUGCUACUAAUGAGGGCAGCAGAGAUGUAGCUCAUAGUGUGGUUGAGUCAAGUUCUGUGAAAUGUUAACAAUGUAGGUCACUGGAAAUAUAAUUUCUGGAUUAACAGUAAAUCUGCAGAGGUUAUUUCUUAAAGCAGACUGGUGCCAUGGACUGGUUCAAUAUGCCCCUUAGAUUUGUGCUACUGGCAAAGGGAAGGUAAACUACAUGGCCCAAGGGCCUUACCAAUUCAUCAACAUUAACUUCUUUCACAUUGAAGAAUGGUAAUGCGUUACAAUGAGAUCGAGGUUCCUGCGACUUUAUGGCUGAAUUAUGUAAAAUGCUUGUAAUAAGACUGAUUGUGUUGCCCUCUGCCAUCUAAAUGUGUCCAGCUUUUAAUAUUGUAUUUACUGGCUGUUGUGCCGUAGAACUGUUAAUAUGCCAUCUGUUUAUUUUAAACUGAGUUUUUAAAAUGCUAUUCAAUUUAAUCCUAACUAGGUCUAAUAACUUAAACCAUUUCUGUGUAUGUUUUUAAAAGUAUCCUUAAGUAUUUUGUACAAAUUGUCACUUGGAUUUUAAGGUGUGCUUGUGUCUUUACACUGCAAUUUUAGAAUAUAAUCAUACAACACAAAAGGACAUCUAAAGGCCCACUAUGCCUGUGCCAGCUCUUUGAAAGAGCUAUCCAAUUAGUCCCACUUCCCCAGUCUUUCCCCAUAGCCCUGCAAAUUUUUCCUUUUUAAGUGUACCUCCAAUUCCUUCUUGAAUUUAGACCAUCGAAUGUUUCCACAACUCUUUCAUGUUGUGCAUUCCAGAACAGUACAAUUCGCUAUGUUUAAAAAAAAACAGAAUUCUUCAAAUCCCCACUCCAGUUCUUUUGCUACACAACUCUGCCCCCACAUAAUCUUUGAUUAGACAGGCUGCUGAUCUCUCUGUGGUUUCCUGUUCAAAAUAUGCCUUGGGGACAGAGUACGACUUUAGAUAUUAAUCCUCUGUUGCAUUCUAGGCUUAGAACGAUGAGAUGAAAGUCUCCUUUGGGAGCUGUAACAGUCCCACAUGUGCAGCUGAUCUUAGCUUUGUUCCUAGUGGUUAUGGGCGGAUGGGACAAAACUCCCUCCAAAUUGAAAUCUCAUUUAGAGGCCACAACAGCCAUGGUGUGUGAGAGAGGAGGAAUGUCAUAGUACUAUUUUAAGAGGUGUCUAAGAUUGGAUCAAGGUCUGUUGUUGAGGCAAGAUAGGAGUUUUCCUUUAUCCCCCAUUUCUUGUACCCAAGCUGGUGGUGUUGACUGAUGCAGAAGCCACAAUAUUCUGCCUAUCCGACUUGUGAUGACGAUGAUGGGAGUUCCAUUGUCCACAAUGCUGAAACUUGGCUGGAAUCCCCAGUGUCAGAACUCUUUUGUGGUUUACACAUUAUGAACCCAGCUGAUGUUAGUACUGGACAAGUCAGAUCCUAGAGUGAAAUCUGGCUUGAUAGAUCUGAACUUCUUAAACAAAAAGGAGAAGGCACCUUUAAAGGAGUUUUCAUUUUCUAUUAAACAAUCCCCCCUUAUUAAUCCCUAUCUUAAUUAUACAAACCUUACUCUUAACAAUAACAGGGUAUUUACAGCAAAUAUGCAAGGAUACUUGACUCUCCAAUAGUUAUAUUUCACACAAGUCUACCCUGAUCAUGACAUUCACGUUUCUCCACAUUUAAAAUCUUGAUAAGUCAUUGGCUAUGAUUUGGUCUCUUCCUGCUAAGUGAAUAAUUUUCAAAUUAUAUGGCCGUAGCAUUACAUUCCUAUGAAACAGCCUCAGAUUCUUGAUAUGAAAUUUUUGUAUAAAGGUUAGCGGAUUAUGGUCCAUAUAAAUAAUAGUCUCUGCAGAGACUAUUAUUUGUGUGUAUUUCAAAAUGUUAUAGAGCCAACACCAAGCUCAAUCUCUUUUUCCACCUUUGAAUACUUUUGCUGGCAAGAAUUCAAUUUCCAGGAAAAGUAACUAACUGGCCGUUCGAUCACCAUCUCAUCCUCCUGUAAGAACACCGCACCAACACCCACGUCACUGGCACCUGCCAGUUUAAGUGGUUUAGCAUUAUUCGGCACUGCUUAAACUGAUGUGGCAGUCAGUACAGCUUUCAAGCUGUCAAAGGCACUUUGACACUCCUUUGUCCACUCAAAUUUCUUACCUUUCUUUUAACAUACUUGUCAGGGGUGCCAUUACAGUGCUGAAAUUUGGAACAAACUUCUGAUAGAAUCAACUCAUGCCUAUAGACUGCAAAAUCUCUUUUUUGUGUUGGGCACUAGAAAAUCCAAAAUAGCAAAGAUAAGGGCUUCUCUAGGUGCUACUCAGCUUUGUCCCACAGUGUGGUGCAAAUAAGUUACUUUUGCUUGACAAAUUCACUUUUUGUCAAAUCUAUAACCAAACUGGUUCGUCGUAACUGAACAAAUAACUCAUUCAAAUGUUGUAUAUGUUCCUCCCAGGUUUGGCUGAACACAACCAAAUCAUCAAUACAUACCUAGUGGCAUAAUCCAAUGACCUUGCUAAUUAAUCUUUGAAAAGUUGCUGGUGCAUUUUUCAUUCCGAAAGGCAUGACUUUGCAUUGAUAAAGUCCAUCUGGGGUUACAAAAGCCGAUAUUUCUUUGAUUGUAUUGACUGUGUUAACAGAACUUACCGAUAUCCCUCCAAUAAAUUCGUUUUUAUAACUCA